UUUUUUAAAAGCUUAUCAUUAUGAGUUUAUACGUACAAUGCCGUUUAUGUGCUGAUUAUAAAUUUACAAAUGAAGUAAUUCACGUUAAAAAGAAUGAAGCAAUUAAAAUGAAUUUAGAGCAUAAAAUACAACAAUGUUUGAAUUUACAUUUUAACGAUACCCGGUUACCAAAGAAUGUAUGCUCGUUAUGUUGUGAUAAAGUCACAGCGACCUAUGAUUUUCAAGAAUCAGUUAAAGAAGCACAAGAUCGUUUAGAAGAAGCUGUUGAAGAUACCAAAACAAGUAUUAAAGAAGAAUUAUCUGAUACAGAAUUAAAUUCUUAUGAUUAUGUGGAACCGUGUCUGCAAGACGAUAAUGAUGAUUUUAAAAUAAAAAAUGAUGAUGAUUGUGAUGAAACUGAAACAAAAGAAAAAGAUUCAAAUAAGAGUACCGUAAAAAGAAAAACUAAGAAAAGAAAGAUUGAUUUUCAUAAUUCUGAUAAAGUAAAAAGAAAAUACAUAAAACGAGAUCAAAAGAUUAAAAAAGAACCGGAAGAUCCAGAAUACGAACGUCAAAAAGCUGAACGAAAUGAAAUGAUACGUCGAAUUAAAGAUGAAUGGAAAACUUAUAAAUGGAAAUGUGUUAUUUGUGAAAAUGAACUUACAGGAUUAGAAAAAUUUCGUCAACAUUUUGAAGAGGUUCAUGAUCAACCACCGAAGUACAAUUGUAUGGAAUGUUCAAAAGUAUUCGAAUCAUAUUAUAAUUUUAAACGACAUAUGUCAGCACAUAGGAAUAAAUUUAAAUAUAAAUGCGAUGAAUGUGGAAGAUUUUUCCAUCGUCGUAAACUUUUACGAAAUCAUGCACGUAGUCAUUCAUCCGAAAAAAAUUUUAUAUGUCCAACAUGUGGUAAAAGUUAUAAAAAUUCAAAUUCAUUACGUGUACAUAUGCGUAAACAUUCGGGGACAGCAGCACCAGUACAAUCAAGACCUAAAUAUGAAUGUGAAUUGUGCCAUAAAACAUUACAUACACAAUCGGGUCUGAAAAAUCAUCAUAAAAUUCAUAAAGGUGAACGUGAUUUCACAUGUGAUCAAUGUGGCAAAACAUUUUUAACAAAUUGCUCAUUAAAAUAUCAUUUAAAUACCGUACAUUCCGAUUUGAAACCAUUCUGCUGUGAACAUUGUCAACGUACAUUUAAAACACAACAAUUAUUAAAAGUUCAUUUACAAGUGCAUAGCGAUGAGAAACGACACGCAUGUGAAGUAUGUGGACAACGAUUUCAUCGGAAAGGUACACUUAUACGACAUUCAUCUGUACAUACCGGUGUUUUGGCAUUCGAAUGUGAAUAUUGUUAUAAACGGUUUAGGACAAAACAACUAUUGAAGGUUCACACAAGACAACAUACCGGUGAGCGUCCAUACUCGUGUAUAGAAUGUAAUCAUCAUUUUACAGAUUCAUCGAAUUAUGUUAAACAUAUGAAAGGCAAACAUGGUGUAUUAAGUACAAGAAAAAAUGCAACGUAUGCAACUGACCCACCUCCGUUGGUUCAACAAGAUAAAUCUGCAACUCAGACAAUUAAUACAUUCAAUUCAGUCAAUGCAAUUAUUGGUUACAAGCAAGAAUAAAAAACCACUCUAUAGUAGAUAACAACCCACUUUAUUUUGAUUGAAUCGAAAAAUUUUUAUGAUAAUUUAUUCAUUUUGUUGGUUUGAUAUUUUAUUCAGCUGAACAACAUUUCUUUUCGACCGAAUUCGGAAGGGAAUUGAGUAUUCAAAAUGUAAGGAACGAGAAUUUUUGACUGGUUUGCAUCCCUGAAAUUUUCAGGAAUCCAAAAAUCCACGGUACAUGGGGGAAAAAAACUUACUAUUGCCUACGAUUGAUCUCCAUUCAAGUGAAAUCAAUGAGAUAUCGUGGUACAGUAGAUCAAACUGCUGGUCGCAGUACAAAAGAUUUUCUAAGAUUUCUAAGAGUUACUCCUAGCUCAAAUAUAAUCAGUAUUUAUUAUAAAGUCGUAGGGAGGGAAACAUUGGUUACA